AUGCAUCUUCGUCAUGAACAUACAGAGAACAGCAUCCCGGUGCUCCGUCAACUCAUCAAGGACUUUCCCCUCGGCGUCUUGACCACAGCCAUCCCGUCCGCCCAUCACUCAUUCAUCCAAUCCAGCCACAUUCCUUGGGUGUUGGACGUCCAAGAUGACGCUAGCGAAACCGAGCUCGGUGUCUUGAGAGGCCACAUGGCACGCGCAAACCCCCAGACCAAGGCGAUACUCGAAUCAUUGUCGGCAGAAAACCGGACAGGGGCCGGAAGCGUCCUCGACCAGGAGGUGCUGGUCCUCUUCACCGCGCCCGCUCAUUCCUACGUAACGCCCAAAUUCUACGUCGAGACCAAGCCGACGACGGCCAAGGUCGUGCCGACCUGGAACUACGCCGCGGUCCAGGCGUACGGCCGCGCCAGGAUCCUGUACGAGUCCAAGACGGAGGAGACGUCGGAAUUCCUAAACAAGCAGCUUCACGACCUCUCGCAACUGGGAGAGCAAUCCAUUAUGGGGUACACUGGUCAGGGCGGCCGUCCCGAGCCGUGGACGCUGUCGGAGGCUCCCCAGCGGUACAUUGACCUGUCCAAGAUGGCCAUCAUCGGUAUCGAGAUCACCAUCGACAGGCUGCAGGGCAAGUUCAAGAUGAGCCAGGAGCUGAGCGAGGGUGAUCGUGAGGGUGUCGUCAAGGGAUUCAAGGCGCUGGGCUCGGAUUUGGGUAACAACAUUUCUGAGAUGGUAAAGGAGCGCGGCGAGUUGAAGCAGAAAUUGAAGCAGUAA